AUGCAUGGAUUUCUGUCACGCCUCAAGGCUCGCGACCCUUUGAGAAAGAAGAAGAAUGCCUUGCAAGAUCUGACAAACUCGCUCCCGCAACAGCCGAAAUGGGACGAUGCCUACGCGCGCCAGUCGGUGGAGCCUGAAGAAAUCCACGAGCUGUUGCAUUUUUGCACCGCGGAGCUCAAGGCCAGAGGCCUCGACAUUCCAUUUCUCCUGCUGCCUUAUCGGCCAACAUCCGAUCCCAGCGCGGUUCGCACCUUUAUCAGGCAUUUCUUCGACGAUGGCUACGGGUUGAAGGGAGGCGCGUUAAGCCAAGAGCUGCGCAUGACGGAGCCAAUGGUAAUAUCGGGUGUUGUCAAAUGGUGCUGGGGUCGAGUUGCCGGCGGUGUAGUGGGCUGGGAUGCCUACGAGCUAUUCAAGAUUGGUGAAGAGGAUUCUCACAUGGCCAGAGACUCGUUCAAGACAUUCAUACCGCUCAGUGUCGACAGCGGCUCUCGCCAGCGCAUCAUAUUUGACUUUUUCGAGCUCGUAGCUGCCAUAGCUGCUCACGGCAAGACCAACGGCUUUGGCGGUCGGCUGCUCCCACGCUUGGCAGCUUGGUGGGCAUUCGAGCACAAAGAUACGGGCACCGGGUUUGACGGGGGCUACAGGUCGUGGAAGAAAGCCGCUGACGCGACGACGCACUUGUUUUUUGCCUAUCUGCGGUCGCUGAGCCCCGAAGAAGGUCUCACGGGCAUCACGAUGCUCCCCAGAUCGCUGGAGAAGCUGCUCAACGAAACAGAGUACCCGCCCGGAAGCGGCGGCGCGGCGGCGAAGCUCAUGUCGAGGACGAACAAGAUCGUCAUGCUCGUAGACUCGGUCUCGCCAACUCCGUUCGCCUUGCUCCGCCGAGCCGGCCACUUCCAGUACCGCGACUCGGACCCCGUGCUGCAGGAGUUUUCCGAGCAUGAAGACCCUGUGCAGGCAUUGACGGAGGAGUGUCUCCGCGUCCUGAGAGCCAUCUCCGCCACCAACGAGUCGCAGGCCUCGAGCAUCAAGCACUCGACCAGCCUGCGAGACGCCUCCUGGUCCCGAUUCCAGGAUAUCGGCUUCGCCGAGACUGUGGAGGAAGAAGUCCAAGCCGAAGGCAGCAGGGUCCCUGUUCAGGAAAAGCACGUGCAGUCAUUGAGGUCCACAGCCGCAUCUGCCACGGACCUGGGCCGCCCAUCCACUCCCUCGUGGGCCGAUUUUCUGUCGUCGGGCUUCGUUGACGAAGGGCAAAAUCCGUCAAACCUGCUCCUGCCCCCCGACAAGGUCCUGCCGCCGAUCGAGACGCAGGUCCGGCAGCAGAGCUCGCAGUCUCACCGUCCCCGGCUCGAGUCCAACCCGGCGAACCUCCAGCCUGGCGAGCUUGCCAGCAUCACCGUCCUGGACCUCGACAACGCCUUUUGGUGGGUCUGGAUGAACAGUCUGGGCCCGGAGGAGACGUCCAGCCGCAAGUCUGCCUUUGGCCGAUGCGCCAUUAUCGAGACGAGGGUGGGCGGUGGCCAUUGGCUGGUCAUGGAGGAGAUGAUUGCGGGAUCCGCGCCAGAGCAGGACGGCGGCGCCUACAUUGCGGAGAAGAAGGGGCUUUUCAGCUGGACUCGGAGAGGCAGAAGCAUGGGACGCCGCAAGUCGGUGGGCAAGCACAUCUUGGACCGCGGUGACAAGGGCGCCGCGAAUUCUGCAAGCACCAAGGCCAGCGUCGGGCCCGACACCCACGCCAGAAUCCAGGCCAAGGCCGCGCAGAUGCGUGCGGCCGUCAAGGAAAGCGAGCAGCACGACGUCUCCUCGCAGACGCGCCGCGGCCGCACCGACGACUCGGCGGCGGAGAAGACGACCAGCGUCCUCACGCUGCAGCCCCAGAUUGUCGGGGAAGCUUCGUCGGCCUUGAAAUGGGUCAGCAAGUACGACAAGGGCACCAUCAAGGAUGCCUACAUGGCCAACAGCAAUGCCGGACGAGGUCUCGCGGUGCCCUACUCGCCCACGUCGGAGCACAUGAAUGGAAACGGCGUCGCCCGCGAAAACGGCCACGCUGGCGACCGCGACAGGCCCGUGGUGCCUGCCAAGGACGAGUCCGUCCCAGCCACACUGCCUGUCGCUCGCGGUUCAAAGCCUCUGCAGGAGUCGCAGGAGCAGCAGCAGCAGCAGCAGCAGCAGCAGCAACCGAUGGGCCCCGAAAAGAAGACGCCAGCAGAUGGUCAGCCGGCAGAGCACCAAGCAGGGGAUGAAAGGGACGUCGCAGCCGCGGAUGCAACGAGCAACGGGGCUGGCCUGACAAGCACCGCUGCCCAGACACAAUCGACUGAUUCCGCUCCCGGUGCGACGAAGCAGCAAGACGCGGCUCCAGCCAAGGACAAGAAGGGAUUGCUCAAUCUGCUGAGGCGGAAAAACCGCUCGUCCAAGAUUCCAGAGAAUGCUGCCGCCCAAUUGUCCAGCAUGAUGCAGAACAAUGCAUCCGCGACGGACGAGCCUGUCCAGCGUCAAGUGCCAUCCAGUCCGAAACACGUCGCCCCCGUCGCCUCUCCCUUGCCGGAACAAGUAACGACGGCUGCGUCGGCAGAGCCCAUUUUGGAAGACCAUUCCAGCACAAUUGUGCAGCCCACCUACGACCCUCCGGUAGGUGGUCAAUCGUAUGCCGACGAUGCCGCCGACGUCGAUGAAGAAUUUGCACGAUUCGACCAAGGGCCGCUGGUCGAGCAACCUGCCUUGGUUCCCCAAGAAGAAGAGCAGGAUGCUACCCCGAGGCCUGCCGCGCCGAGUCCCGUCUCUUCCCCAGAGGGCGGCAAGGAACCCAGGUUUCCGGAACCUAUUGAAAAGGAGAAACUGAACCAAAGCGCCGGUCCCGGCGUCCAAGACCGAUGGGCCCAAAUCCGCAAAAACGCUGCCCAAAGAGCGUCAACUCGUCAGCGCGAGGAAAUGCCGCGGCUCCACAAGGCUGCAUGCGACGAUGAUGAUGCCAGCGUAGAGGAGACCAUCGAAUCACGCGUCGCUCGCAUCAAGGCCCGCGUGGCCGAAUUGACCGGUGAUAUGGACACGGGAAACGGGUCGCUGCACGCCAUGACAAGCCGGUCUUAG